AUGGCUACCAAGCACCACACAGGCGACAUUGACGCCGACGUCGAGAAAAAGGUCGUCCUCCCCGGCCGCUCUAGCGCCGACGCCGACGCCGACGCCGUCAACAAGGUCAACUAUGACGAGACGCGCUCCGUGUCCGACGACGGCCUGACUGCGCUGCCCAAGGGCACGUUUGACCCGGUCUACGAGGCCAAGGCGCGCGUGUUGAACGAGGCGAUCCAGGAGAUCGGAAUGGGAUGGUACCAGUGGCAGCUGUUCAUCGUUGUCGGCUUCGGCUGGGCGGCCGACCAGCUCUGGCCCACGGCCGGAGGCCUGACCUACCCAUCCCUCGUGAACGAGUUCAAGCCGUCCAAGGGCCCGACAUGGCAGCUUGCCGGCAACAUUGGUAUCCUGUUCGGCGCGCUUUUCUGGGGCUUCUCCUCGGACAUCAUUGGACGGCGGUACGCCUUCAACAUCACGCUCGCGAUCACGGGCGUGUUCGGCAUGGUGGCGGCCUCGUCGACCAACUGGGUCAUGGUGUGCUCGUUCAAGGCGCUGUGGUACUUUGGCGUGGGCGGCAACCUGCCUGUCGACUCGGCGCUCUUCAUCGAGUUCCUCCCCAAGUCGCACCAGUUCCUGCUGACCGUGCUGUCCGUCGACUGGUCGCUCGCGUCGCUGCUCGCCAACCUCAUCGCGUGGCCCAUCCUCGGCAACCUGACCUGCCCGCAGAAGGCGACCUGCGUGCGCAAGGACAACAUGGGCUGGCGCUACUUCCUCAUCGCGAUGGGCGGCGUCACGUUCGUCAUGUUCGCGAUCCGCUUCUUCUUCUUCACCAUCUUCGAGUCGCCCAAGUUCCUCAUGGGCAAGGGCAAGGACGAGGAGGCCGUGCGCGUCGUGCACGAGGUCGCGCGCCGCAACGGCAAGACGUCCAACCUUACCCUCGCCGACCUCAAGGCGUGUGAGCCAGAGGGAUACGUUGCCGAGACGGACGCCGCCGCCAUCGUCAAGCGCCGCCUCGAGGUCGUCAAGUUCACCCGCGUGCGCGACCUCUUCCGCGGACGCAAGCUCGCCUGGUCGACCACGCUGCUUAUCCUCAUCUGGGGCUUCAUCGGCCUCGCGUACCCCCUGUACAACGGCUUCGUGACGUACCUGCUCGCGCAGAAGGGCGCCAACUUUGGGAAGUCGUCCCCGAGCAUCACGUACCGCAACUCGACCAUCAUCGCGGCCAUGGGCGUGCCCGGCGCGCUGAUUGGUGCGUUCCUCACCGAGCAGCCGCGUAUCGGCCGCAAGGGCGCCCUCGCGUUCGCCAUCCUCAUGUCGGGUGUCUUCCUCUUCCUCACCACCACCGCCAAGACGCUCAACGCCUACCUCGGGUUCAACUGCGGCUGGUCGGUCUUCUCCACCAUGAUGUACUCGAUCCUCUACUCGUUCACCCCCGAGCUCUUCCCCACCUCGCACCGCGGAACCGGCAACGCCCUCACCGCGUCCGCCAACCGUCUCUUCUCGGUGUUCUCGCCCGUCAUCGCCAUGUACGCAAACCUCAACACCCCCGUCCCAGUGUACGUCUCGGGCGCACUCUUCUUCGCUGCGGGUCUGCUGGUCAUCGUCCUCCCCUUCGAGUCGCGCGGCAAGGCUGCUUUGUAA